AUGGACGAGAACCGAAAGAAAGAGUACGAAGCUAGAGCUCAGAAAGUGCGAGCAGACCUGAAGCAAUGGGAGGCAGACUGGGCAAAGACACACGACGGGAAGAAGCCGGGGAGAGAGGACAUCAAGAAUUCUCCCAUUAUAGCCCAGAAAUAUAAAGACUAUAAUAAGCUCCGCGAUAUAAUAGCUGGGAAACUAGUCCCUCCUCCAGACACCUCUACGUCCAAACAGAAACACGAGAAGCGUAAAUCGAACGGUGCACCAGUUGGAACUCCUAUGAAGCGAGCAAAGCAUGCCGAGACCCCUUCGAAGCGAUUGGCUCCAAACGGCGAGGAAUAUAUGAAUAGUCCGGCAAUCUCCAGAAAGCUCUUUAGUCCGGCGCCAGUAACGUCCAUUGGACCGACACCUCAACGAGAUGGCAAGGUCCUUGGUUUAUUCGAUUUACUAGUGGAAAGGGAGAUGAAAAGCCCAAUAAAGGGGGCGAGUAACCCAGCCAGUUCCUUCGCAACCCCCAGUAAGCGCAAAAGCAACUUAUUUGCGGAUGCUGCAGCCAACCUUGGUCGUACUCCAACCUCGACCAGCAAACGAAAACUGUUUUCAACACCAAUGAAGAAGAGAGAAGGGCAGAAUACGGUCGGAACGCCUUCGUCCGUAUCGAAACUACAAUUCGACACUCCCGCGUUUCUAAAGAGACAUUCACUCCCGACCCUCGACGAAAACACAACGUUUGACGCCCCACCGCUAAGGCUACCGCGGAAGCCUUUGGUUCGUGGCUUGAGCGAAAUCGUAGCCAGCCUUCGGAAAGUCGAAGAGGAGCAGUUGGAUGAUGAUCUCGAGGCGCUUCGUGAGGCCGAGGCCGAAGCUGAAGCUGAAUUCGGAGGUCCAAUUCAGCCUCCUGUUAAGCCGCAAAAACAAGAACCAAAGCAGGACAUACUAGAGCCAGAUAGCCAAGCUAAACAGCUGCCGUUGGGUGGAUUUGAUGAUGAAGGAAUGUACGACAGCCCUACAGAAGACGCUGUAGACCGGGACGGACGACCUAUGAAGACAUUCAAGAAGAAGGGCCAGAAGCGAACAACACGACGUGCCAACAUGCGGCCAGUUCGGACCAAACGGCCGACGAACGUGGCAGAGGGCAACGAAAACGGUGCGGAUGAGGACGAAGACGAUACCGUUGCAGAAACACAAGCUCAGACGAGCAGAUCAGAUGUCGCAGGCGAAUCUGACGGCGAUUUCAUAGACGGAGAUGAAGACGAUACCCCAGGCACAAAGGCUAAAAAGCCCGCCAAGGAGGAGGGAGCUGUAAAGAAGACGGGCCGCAAGGUGAACCAACUGGCACAUGCAAACUUUCACAGGCUGAAGCUGCGUAACCAUGGUGCCAAGGGCGGUCCAGGCUAUAACAGCCGAUUCAGAAGGAGGAGAUGA